CACGACUCUCGCUCCCUCGCAACUACAACAACACCCUCAACAACAGCAACAACAACAACGACGAGUGUAUCCGUUUUUUCGCGUUGCGUUGAUGAUUCGAUUGCACACUGGCUGGCGAUGAUGAUGAACGUGUUGCUUGGUGGUGGUGGUGGUGGGAGGUUGUUGCUGGGCAGGUGUGCGCGAUGGGGAGUGGCUGCAGUGAUGAAUGCGCGGCGGGGAUUGUCCCGCGGCGUGGUGGCUAGGAGUAAGAAGCAUCACAAGCAGGCAGCAGCAGCGGCAGCGACGGGCCAGCAGGCUGGCGCCGACGAGCACCUUGAGCUCAUCCGCAACAUUGGCAUCAUGGCACACAUCGACGCGGGCAAGACCACCACGACGGAGCGCAUGCUCGUGGUGUCGGGCGUCGCAAGAGUGGAAGGGACAGUGGACGAUGGCAACACGCAGAUGGACUACUUGAAGGACGAACGAGAACGCGGCAUCACCAUUGUCUCCGCAGCCACCACCUUCCAGUGGUCGGGAGCACGCGAGGAAGAUGGCAUGCCAACACACACGAUCAAUCUCAUCGACACGCCCGGGCACGUGGACUUUACCCUCGAAGUUGAACGCGCUCUCAGGGUGCUUGAUGGCGGCGUGCUUGUGCUUGAUGCCGUGGCUGGGGUGGAGGCACAAACCAUGACCGUGUGGCGACAGGCCAGCCGGUACGCUGUUCCCACCAUCGCAUUCAUCAACAAGAUGGAUCGUCCUGGGGCAGACUACCGCCGCUGCUGCGUCUCGAUGGAGGACAAGCUUGCGCUGCCCACACUGCCCGUCGUCAUCCCGGCAAAGCCUGACGAUGACAACUUCAACCACGUGCUGGAUGUGGUGGAGGGUCGCGUGUACUGGUGGGACGGACCAAACCUCCACUCCGCACACGUCCCACACACGGAAGGAUUUGAGCACGUGCUGCACGACGGCAGGGCCGCGCUGGUGGACAAACUCUCCGCUUUGGAUGACGAGUUUAUGGAGGCUGCAAUCGACCUCGACGAGGGCGCCCUUCCAGACGUUGCAACGACGCGUGCUGCCUUGCGCCGGGUGACACUGGCCCGGACAGGCAUUCCCGUCUUCUGCGGAGCAGCGCGCCGACUCAAGGGCGUUGAGCCGCUGCUGGAUGCGGUGGUGCACUACCUGCCAAGUCCCCUGGAGCGCCCGCCGGUACAACUCGCGCCCGUGGACCGAGCAAAGACGAGCACGGAGUUACAGCUGCUGGCAACGGGGCAGUACACGGGCGAUGGCGUCAUUGCAAUGGAGCCAACAUCAAACACAGACCUUGCCGCGCUCGCCUUCAAGAUUGUGUACGACAUGCACCGCGGGCCGCUGGUGUUCGUGCGCGUGUAUUCGGGCGUGCUAUCCAUGCGCGAUGUGCUGUUCAACUGCGACCUCAACAUGAAGGAGCGUGCAAGCAAGGUUCUCCGUGUCCACGCCGACGACUUUCAGGAAGUCAACGAGGUGUACGCAGGGCACAUUGCUGCCCUCGUCGGCCUGAAGCACACGGUGUCCGGCAACACGCUGGUGAGCAACAAGGCAAGCAAGUCGCUCAAGUCGCACUCGCUCGCAGGCAUCAGCGUUCCGCAGCCAGUCUUCACCUGCAGCAUCGAGGCUGACGGCAGCGACGACAAGGAGGUUGAGCAUGCGCUGGACUGCAUUCAGCGGGAAGACCCGAGCGUCCGCGUAUCACUCGACGAGGAGACGGGCCAAACCUUGCUCAGCGGCAUGGGAGAGCUCCAUCUUGAAAUUGUGCUGUCGCGCCUGCGUGACGAAUACAAGGUCGAUCUCAUCCCAGGGCGAAUGAAGGUUGCGUACCGGGAGCGGCUGACGGGGGAGGCUGAGACAGAUCACCAUCUCCACCGCGAACUUGGCGGUCGCAUGCACGAUUGCCGCGUGCAUGUACGCGUGUCUCCGAGCGACGGCGUGUCUGUGGACCUCUCUGAAGAAGUGAAGACCCUUCUCGCUGGUGACGCCAAGCCGGAUGAGCUGCGGUCUGCACUCGUCCGCGGCGGCCAGCUCGGCAGCGCCCGUGGGCCCGCUAUGGCGUUUCCGCUCGUUGGCGCAGCCGUCGAGGUGGUGUCACUGCAGCACGACGCGGACAUCUCCACGUCUGCGCUGACGGCGUGUGUGGCGGAAGCGACGCAGAAGGCAAUUGCAGCAGCAGGAACAGCGGUUCUUCAGCCCAUGAUGAACUUGGAGGUGACGGUCGAGGAGCAAGACGUCGGCGCCGUGCUCACGGACUUGAGUUCGGAGCGCAAUGCGUCUGUGCGUGAGGUUGAGAUGCGCGGCGAGCGCGAGCGCAUCGUGCACGCCAGCGUCGGUCUGCCCCGCAUGAUCGGAUACUCGUCCGUCCUCCGCGCUCUCACCUCCGGCAGGGGCACCUUUGCCAUGGAGUUCAUGCAAUACGAGGAGGUGACACAGACCGACAUGGCAGACAUUGUCGCCUGAUAGAGCAGGUGCACACGCACACAAGCACGUACGCACAUGCAUCGACACGCACGCACAACCAUGCAUGGGCGCACAGUUGAUGGUGGUGAUGGUGUACCGAUAGAGAAUCGAACAACUGAACUUGUGUCGGA